CUCUCGGGGGGCGGUCAUUUCCAGCGAACCAACCAUAUUAAAUGGUCCAGCGGUGAAAAACCCAGUGAACAGACCCUACAAGACUGCAUUGAUGUUGAAAGCAGCGUACCUAAUCAUCGUGUCCGUGCUUACGGCCGGCGUCCAGGCACUGCACCCUGCGGGGGUUUUAACGGUGGACUUCGGGCAGGACGCAGAGCUCAACUGGCUGCUGCCGGGGUCUGAUGCCGUCGCACAGGUCAACGUGCAGAAGAGACUGAAGACCAACAACGCUUCUCCUGAGUACAUAGGGAGCUACAGCAAGCGGCAUGGACUGGUGAUAUCUGACUUGUUCCAGGGCAGAGUCGAGUGGGGUCUUCCGUCCACCUCCGCCCCGGCCAUCACCAUAAAGAACGUGACAUGGAGCGACGAGGCGUGUUACAUAUGUACCUUUAAUGUCUACACUACUGGCUCCCAAAUCCAGAAAACCUGUCUCAGUGUUCAAGGUAUUUCAAACAUAACGAUGGAUGUGAAACAAACCAAGCCCAGAGAACUGGUGGUCAGCUGUGCCGCUACGGGGAAACCAGCGCCAAACAUCAGCUGGGACACCGCCGGGAUCGGUAACGCCACAGAAACCCCCAGUCUCCGGGUAGAGAACACUGACAACACGGUCACCGUCAGCAGUGAGCUUACCCUGGUGCUGCCCGCCUCGGCGGACUCGGUGGGCUGUCUGGUCGACGGUGGCUCCAGCGGGCCGAGGCGGGAGCAGAUCUUACUCCCCCUUUUAAACAGAGGAGGAGAGAAUGAGGUGGAGAAUGGAAGUCAAAGAUCUGCUGGCACGAUACCUGGCAUCAUAUUAUCUUUAUGCAGCAUGAUUGCUAUCGCCAUUGUGGCUCUAAUGGUCUGGAAAGGAAAGAAGAGGAUACCUUUCAAACAACAGAUUAUGUCUUCAUCUAUGUUAAACUUGUGUUUAUGUGGAAAGAAGUCGGCCGGUCAUAUGAAAGAAGAAAUGGAAUUUAAAGGAGGGACAGAAAUAGUGUAACCUUAUAAUUCCCAUUGUUUGCAUUAUUUAAAUUUUCAUUUAAAUUAUACUGUUAUUUUAUUGUUAUUAAAAUUAUACAUUUUUAGAUAACAUUUAAAUAGAUAGUUAUGUUGAGAAGAUAUUGGUUCCUACUAGGGGUGUGCAUCUCUCCUUUAUAGGACGAUCCGAUACGUAUCUAGAUAGGCCUACAUGUGCUACGAUACGAUUCAGGGACCAUACAUUUUAGUAUGGAACGAUUCGAUGCGAUUCGAUUUGGAUCUAAUUAUCGCACUGGAUCGUUAGAUCCAGUGUGAUUUGAUAAAUAUGAUUCAAUCUGAUAGAUAGUUAAAGGUUGGUUAUGGGAUUUGCGAAACGCCAGCAGAUUUUGCAAAUACACAACUCAAAUGUUCCUACCCCCUCUCCUUCAACGCUGACUCUGACUCCACCCAUUCCAUGUCAUGGACGCGCAAUCAUGCACGAGCGAACACCGAUGCGCGAGAGAGAGCCAUUAGCUAGUUAGCUAGCUCCAGUAGCUACCGCAGGAUAACAACAAACAGAAGCUUGCUCUGGGUCACAAGCUUUGAGUAUGUGCACGAAGGGGUCACGCGCUUGGAUCGGGGGAGGGGGAGUGCAGUACGACCGUUUGAUUGACGUACUUACUGUCCAAUGCCACUCGGUGGGUCUGGAAAUCCUUGCCGUUUUUUGAGUUUUUCGAGCCCUGCCCUUUUACAUGUCAGUACUUCUAACUCAGUGGCUGUAAGUGGGUUAUGAUAAGGAUUUCAAGUAAUUUUGCAAAAAUGGCCAAAAAAAAGAAUUCCAUACCCAACCUUUAAGUUUCGUUUUACGGAUCCGUAUGGAAGCGGAAUGAAAUGAAUGGACAAUGCUGUCUUGAUAUCAGGCUAAAGCUUCACUCAACCGAUUCGCAAUGUUUAGAUCGUUGCAUCGGCAGAUUCUUGGUCAUUUAAAAUUCAUUCAGGGGCCCACGAUGAUGUAGUCGCAUCUGUUUUUAUCCGACCGGACACCGAUUCGUAUCAGUGAAUCGUUACAUCCCUAGUUCCUACCCACCAUUUUGUUUUAGGGGGAACAGUUAAGUGGUGAAAACAUUUCAUAAAUUAUAAGACUACAUAUCAAACAAUCAAUACUUUUUUUUUUUCCAGAAGCAAGCUGAGUACUGAGAAACAUCAGUUAGAGACGUAAUAAUCUUGUUAUUUAUUAUAUUUUGGAAUGCUCUCUGUGAGAUUUUUUUUAUGCUGGGCGUACUAAACGACGACUACAAGACCGCCUCGCUGAACAUAGGUAUGCCGCAAAAAUAUAAAACUGAUUAUGCUAUGACAAGACACUUCAAAGGAGGCGAAUAAUGAUAACGGCAUACUGUUCACCGCCAUAGGGAUUGAUAAUGUGCCUCUUACCUCUAGGAAGGGUGAUAGACAAAAACACUAAACCAAAAAGAAAGUCGCCGGAUCUAUAAAAUAGAUGCUAUGGCAUUCGCAGGAUUGAAUGAUUCUAUUGAAAUAGUGGUCUUCCUUUAGACUGAGCUGUUUGUGACUGUUUAAAUUAUUAUGAACGCUUCAUAUUAAGGUCCUUGUAUUAAGCCUUAGUUCAUAUGUAAUUAGACCUUAUUAUACGCUUGUGUUAAUAAGAAUAUCAAUAAGUGUUAAUAAUAAAAUAAUAAACAUGUCUAUUGUGAGAUUAUAAGACUUUUAUAAGCACUUAUAAGAAACUUGUUAACUAUAUAUUGAUUGCUACAUAACAUUAAUAAUGGUCUUGUAUAUAAUAAUGAGAUUCUUAUAGUUGUUAAUAAACGCAUUACAAACCCA